AUGUUUGGAUCUUGGUUCGGCGGAGGCAAGGCGGCCCGGGUCACGAUAGGCGCGAUUCCGAGCAACCUCCCCCGCGGUCUCUAUCUCUAUGGCGACGUCGGCAGCGGCAAGACAAUGCUUAUGGACCUCUUUUACGACACACUGCCGAGCUCCGUCAAGACUAAGACGAGAAUACACUUCCACAACUUCAUGCAGGACGUCCACAAGCGGCUCCACAAGAUGAAGAUGCAGCACGGCGUCGAUAUCGACGCUGUGCCGUUCGUCGCGGCUGAUAUUGCAGCCAAGGGCAACGUUCUCUGCUUCGACGAGUUCCAGUGUACAGACGUGGCGGACGCCAUGAUUUUGAGAAGGCUACUUGAAUCGCUCAUGUCACAUGGCGUCGUACUGGUCACGACCUCGAACCGACACCCCGACGAACUCUACAAGAACGGAAUCCAGCGAGAAUCCUUCGUUCCGGCGAUCAAGUUGCUCAAGAGCAGGCUCCACGUUAUUAAUCUGGACUCGCCGACAGACUACCGCAAGAUCCCGAGACCCCCUUCGGGCGUGUACCAUACACCGCUUGAUGCCCACGCCAGCUCCCACGCUGAGAAGUGGUUCCACUUCCUUGGCGACCCCGAGAACCCGUCGCCGCACUCGGAGGUGCAGAACGUCUGGGGUCGCGAGAUUCACGUCCCGCGUGUUAGCGGGCGCUGUGCGUGGUUCACAUUUGACGAGCUCAUCGGCAAGGCGACGUCGGCGGCGGACUACCUCGAACUCGUGCGCAACUACGACGCCUUCGUCAUUACCGACGUACCUGGAAUGACGUACCACCAGCGGGACCUGGCACGUCGCUUCAUCACCUUCAUCGACGCCGUUUACGAGUCGCACGCGAAGCUUGUCCUGACGACUGAGAAGCCCCUGACGGAACUCUUCGUCUCGCGCGCCGAGCUGGAGGAAUCACUGGGGAAGCAGGAUAAGAAGGACUUUGGCCAAAGCGAUAGCGGCGCGACACAUCUCCUGGAGGACAUUGAUCACAACAUUGAUUCGAUCAAGGGCCUCCAGGGCUUAUUCUCGGGCGAUGAGGAGGCUUUCGCGUUUGCGCGUGCGCUUUCGCGUCUGAGCCACAUGGGCAGCAAGGAGUGGGUUGAGCGCGGCAUGGGCUUGGAGCAGCAAGGCGGAAAGAAGGAGCGCGACGACUGGGCUAAGGUCCGGAGUCGACAGAUGGAGGACAGCAUGUGA